CCCGGGCUCGGGGCGGUGGGAGUCGGGGGCCCACCGCCGGGGCGCCGGGGCCAUGGCGCUGCGCGCUCGGGCGCUGUACGACUUCAGGUCGGAGAACCCGGGCGAGAUCUCGCUGCGGGAGCACGAGGUGCUGAGCCUGUGCAGCGAGCAGGACAUCGAGGGCUGGCUGGAGGGCGUCAACAGCCGCGGCGAUCGCGGCCUCUUCCCGGCCUCGUACGUGCAGGUGAUCCGUGGCCCCGAGCCCGGCCCGGCGGGCGACGGCGGUGCGGGAGCCCCGGCCCGCUACGCCAACGUGCCGCCCGGCGGCUUCGAGCCCCUGCCUGCCGCGCCGCCCGCCUCCUUCAAGCCUCCGCCCGACGCCUUCCAGCCGCUGCUGCAGUCGCAGCAGACGCCGCCGCCGAGCACCUUCCAGCCGCCCGGCGCGGGCUUCCCUUACGGCGGGGGCGCUCUGCAGCCGUCGCCCCAGCAGCUCUACGGUGGGGGCGGAGGCUAUCAGGCCAGCCAGGGUAGCGACGAUGACUGGGACGACGAGUGGGACGACACUUCCACGGUGGCCGACGAGCCGGGCGCGCUGGGCAGCGGCGCGUACCCGGACUUCGACGGCUCGUCGUCGGGGGCCGGCGGCGCGGCAGGUCGCUACCGCCUGUCCACGCGCUCGGAUCUGUCUCUGGGCUCUCGCCGCAGCACAGCGCCGACGCACCACCCGCAGCACCACCCGUCGGGGGCCAAGAGCUCGGCCACUGUGAGCCGCAACCUCAACCGCUUCUCCACCUUCGUCAAGUCUGGCGGGGAGGCUUUCGUGCUGGGCGAGGCGUCGGGCUUCGUCAAGGACGGGGACAAACUGUGCGUGGUUCUGGGACCCUAUGGUCCCGAGUGGCAGGAGAACCCCUACCCCUUCCAGUGCACCAUUGACGACCCCACGAAGCAGACCAAGUUCAAGGGCAUGAAGAGCUACAUCUCCUACAAGCUGGUGCCCACGCACACGCAGGUACCGGUACACCGGCGCUACAAGCACUUCGACUGGCUCUACGCGCGCUUGGCCGAGAAGUUCCCGGUCAUCUCCGUUCCCCACCUGCCCGAGAAGCAGGCCACCGGCCGCUUCGAGGAGGACUUCAUCUCCAAGCGCCGGAAGGGGCUCAUCUGGUGGAUGAACCACAUGGCCAGCCACCCGGUGCUGGCGCAGUGCGACGUCUUCCAGCACUUCCUAACGUGUCCCAGCAGCACUGACGAGAAGGCCUGGAAACAAGGCAAGAGGAAGGCAGAGAAGGACGAGAUGGUGGGGGCCAACUUCUUCCUGACUCUCAGCACGCCCCCCGCCGCCGCCCUCGACCUGCAAGAAGUGGAGAGCAAGAUCGACGGCUUCAAGAGCUUCACCAAGAAGAUGGACGAUAGCGCGCUGCAGCUCAACCACACGGCCAAUGAGUUUGCGCGCAAGCAGGUGACCGGCUUCAAGAAGGAGUAUCAGAAGGUGGGCCAGUCCUUCCGUGGCCUCAGCCAGGCCUUCGAACUGGACCAGCAGGCCUUCUCGGCCGGCCUGAACCAGGCCAUCGCCUUCACCGGGGAUGCCUACGACGCCAUCGGCGAGCUGUUCGCCGACCAGCCCAGGCAGGACCUGGACCCGGUCAUGGACCUGUUAGCGCUGUAUCAGGGGCACCUGGCCAACUUCCCGGACAUCAUCCAUGUUCAGAAAGGGGCUCUUACCAAAGUAAAGGAGAGUAGGCGACACGUGGAGGAAGGAAAGAUGGAGGUCCAGAAGGCAGACGGCAUUCAGGAUCGCUGUAACACUAUUUCUUUUGCCACUUUGGCUGAAAUUCACCACUUCCAUCAAAUUCGAGUAAGAGACUUUAAAUCACAGAUGCAGCAUUUCUUACAACAACAAAUAAUAUUUUUCCAAAAAGUGACCCAGAAGUUGGAAGAAGCUCUUCACAAAUAUGAUAGUGUUUAAUGACUAAAUAUUGGAUGGUGGACUUUUUUCAGUUCAAGGAUAAUCUCUACAGCAGAACAAAAACUGCUAUCAAAGAGCUAUUGCCAACCAUCAGUGGUGGUACAAGGAUGGUUUUGUGUUCAACUGAAACCCAGCUGAAUAUAUAAUUCUGUAGGAAAGAAACAGUUAAUAGGUUAUGUAAUAGAAACAGUACCACACAUUGUAACUAAAUUAUACUAUGUAUGCCUACACUACCAUUGUAACUUUUGGAACAAUGAUUAUACUAUUUGCCUUAUUGCUUUUUGAAGUAUGGGUAUUUUAGUGCAUACUUUGUAGACCUCAAAACCCAUGAAGGGUCUCAAAGAAGCUGGCGGGAUAAAAGCCAGCUGUGGAUGCCUUUUUACUCUCAUAAAUUGGGAUUACCUAAAUUCAACCUAUUCUCUGUUUACAAACUCCAACUAGAGCAGCUAUGCGACUUUGUGCCUUUAGACUCUUGGUUUUUCAUUUCUUCCUCCCUCCCUCCCUUUUUUUUUUGUUUUUUUUGUUUUAAGUAAACCACAGCUUGUAUGAUUGAAAGAGUGAAAGGCCAGUGCAUAGAAUGACAAACUGACGGUAACCUUGCAUUGGCCAGGGUGGGGAGGUGGAGUGGGGCAGGGGGUGGGGAGGACCAGAUGUCAUCAAUUUGCACAGCGAGUGUUAUCUCCUGAUAAAAUGCUGGCGAGAGCAGAGGAGGGACUCGAUGCUCAUCUUGUGUAUGAAGUCUGUCUACUAGGGAAGAAAAUGGUGCCACUAUAUUCCCUUAGAUGCUACGGUAGCAUAAACCUCUUCACUCAAGUGUCCUGCAAACUUGGCGUGAAGAUUUAAGCGAACAUGUCUUAUGAAAUGGAGAAGAGGAGUCUGAUCAAUCAGGGGAUACAAGUACAGAAUCAGUGACAACAACAUUGGGGCUUUAGUUCUUAGGGGUUUUUUGUUGUUGUUAUUUUCUUUUUUUUUUAGCUUGAAGAUCUUCUUUUCCUAUUCAGUGUGAUGAUUUUUUUUUUUUUUUUAAUCGAUCUACACUGUUAACUGAUUGAGACUCCACUGUGAUUCACUUGUUUACUUAAUCAAAACCUUUCAGGGAUGUCUGUAAAAUUCAGUGUUACACGUUAUGAAAAGUAGUGUUGGUUGAGGGACCAGAAAUAAUUUCUACUAUUCCAGAUACUGAAGGAAAAAUAUAAUUGACACUGCAUUAAAAAAAAAAAAAAAGAUAUUGAUAAGCUCCCAGGA